AUUGGUACCUCUGCAGACAGUUUAAAAUGUUCCCUCUUCACAUUUUAUGGCAAUUACUCUUCUCCUUAAUAAUACAUUGAUGUGGAUGUCCACAAUUAGACCAUUCUGGCGUAUAAUAAAGGCAGAAAAACUAGUCAAGAUACGCGCACAGACAUUGACAAAGGAAAAACAUUUAAUUAUGUCAUUUUCCAAUGCUAUUUUGUGGGUUAUACCUCAUUCUAGAAUCAUUCAGACUGCGGGGAGAAAAAUGGUCAAACUUCGUGAUUUUAUGUGAAAUACAUUUGUGAAAAAGAACCUGUUGGAAAUUGUAAACAGUCGUCUUCAUAGUUAAACAAAUAUUAAUACAUAUAUACAUUGAUUGAAACACAACAAUUAGCUGUUUUAAUCCUCGUAGUCGUGCGGUUUCAUUGGGUAGGAACUAAUCUGACACUGAUAGUGUUUGGUCGGACGGUGAGAAGUGUAGCACAGGUGGUCCCAUCUUGGCUACAUUGUAAUCAGAGCGGAGAGGAAAGCAAACCCGUCCAUAUUACAGCUGCUGUGUCAGCGGUUUCCAUGGUGAUGGACCCUCCCGGUGGGCGAGACGAGCGGCGGCGUCAGGCAGAGCGUCUUCGAAGGGAGGAGGCGUACUAUCACUUCAUCAACGAUCUGAGCGAGGAAGAGUACCGCCUCAUGAGAGACAGCAACCUGCUGGGCACACCUGGUGAAGUGACAGCGGAGGAGCUACGGCAGCGCCUGGACGGGGCAAAGGAGCGUGUGUCAUCUCAGCCCCGACCUGAACCCCGCCCACAAAACACGGAGGCCGGAGAAGAGGAGGGGAGCAGCGGUACUGCUGAGCCGGGAGCAGAGCCGUCUAACGGUGACUCACUGCUGGAGUGGCUGAACACCUUCCGACGAACCGGAAAUGCCACGCGGAGCGGCCAGAGCGGCAACCAGACGUGGCGCGCAGUCAGCCGCACCAACCCCAACAGUGGAGAGUUCCGCUUCAGCCUGGAGAUCAACAUCAACCAUGAACAGCCAGAACCAGGGGAGCACAGUGACACCCCCGACCCCUCAGAGUUGUCCCCUGUCCCCCCUCCAUCCACAGCCUCCAUACGCACUUCCCCCUCCACUCGCCCCUCACCCUACACCCCUGCCCGGCCCUCCCCCUAUCCCUCACCUCGAGCUACCCUGGGCAGGAGGGCUCAAACCCGCCGUACACGCAGUACUACCACCACCCCUCCUCUGACUCCUGCACCCUUCACCUCACCCCUGUCCCCCCCUACUGCUCUAAGGAGUACAACAGCCCUCCACCUCUCCCCUGCCCCAUUCCCCAUCACCCCCCCUACCCUUCAGGAUCAAAGCAGCCCUCCACAGCUCCAGUCCCCAAGCGGAGCUUCCUCCCCAGAGGAGAGGCAGGAGGAGGGGGUUACUACCCUGGACUGCCCCCGUGUAGCGCCCCAGUCUGGCCCCCAGGGGGCGUCUGUGGGGCAUGAGCCACGCAGCAGCAGGACUCGUUCCCGCGGCCGGACCCGCAGGGCUGCAGCAGGAGGUGGGACUUCCUCCCGGUCGUCUAGGAGACGUAGCCGCUCCCCUCUUCAGAGAAACCCCGCCCCUAACUCAGCUACCUUAUCCCCUAAUGGUGGGAGUGGAAAUGGUGGCUCUAAUAUCCACACUGCCGAGCCCAGCAACGGAACUGCUUCUGUCUCCAUGGAGACCGGUGAGGCCGUGUCAGAGCCGGCUGUAGUAGCAGAGCCUGGUCCAGAGGCAGGCGAGCAGGAGGGAGAGGCACACACGGCUGGGGCGGGGGGUGCUGGAGGGGUACGGCGCCAUCCCACCAUCAUGCUGGAUCUGCAGGUGCGUCGCAUCCGACCGGGAGAGAACCGGGACCGGGACAGCAUCGCCAGCCGUACCCGCUCCCGGGCCCGCGCUGCCGAGAAUACCGUCACCUUCGAGAGUGACAGUGGAGGCUUCCGGCGCACCAUCUCCCGCUCGGAGCGGGCCGGGAUCCGGACCUACGUCAGCACCAUCCGGAUCCCUCUGAGGAGGAUCAGUGAGACGGGCCUGGGGGAGCCCAGCUCCACCGCCCUGCGCUCCAUCCUCAGACAGAUCAUGACCGGCUUCGGGGAGCUCAGCUCCCUCAUGGAGACGGAGGCUGACUCUGAGACCACCGGGGGCACGCCAGGUCACCAGGACCCUGCAGGACCCAACGCAAACACCACCACACAGGCCUACCAUAGCCACGGCAACGAGAGUGGAACUGGGGCGGAAGGUCAGGCAGGAGGGGCGGAGGUGGAGACCGAGGGAGCGGCAGGGGCCGAGGAGGAAGGAGGCCAGGAGAGAUUAGUCGGGAGUGACGCCGGUGGAGUCCCCACCCCCAAUGAGGGUCGGCCGACGAGCAGGGACACAAACAACCUUGUGGAAAACGGCACACUGCCCAUCCUGCGUCUGGCCCACUUCUUCCUGCUCAACGAUGAGGAGGACGAGGAGCACCCUCGUGGCCUGACCAAAGAGCAGAUCGAUAAUCUGGCCACUCGCACCUACGGCCAGGCUAGCCUGGAGGGAGAGGCGGGACGCGCCUGCAGCGUCUGCAUUAAUGAGUAUGCCCAGGGGAAUAAGCUGCGCCGCCUGCCCUGCGCCCACGAGUUCCACAUCCACUGCAUCGACCGCUGGCUCUCUGAAAACAACACCUGCCCCAUCUGCAGGCAGCCCAUCCUCCCGGUGCACCAGGACUGACCCUGCCCUGACCUUUGAUCCCUAGAACCCCCUGACCCUAGACCGCCACCAGCUACACUUUGCCACCUGUUGGCUGAACUGAGCAUGCCCGAGCGGAGUGGACGGUGCAUGUACAUAGCGCUUUAAUGUUUUCAUUUAUCAUUGCGCUAUCCAUUGAGGGGGGGAGAAAAAACUAUAAAUGCAGAGAAUUAACAAAGCUUUAUUUUUUUAGACGUAUUUUAUUUUCAGCACUUUUUUUUUUUUCUUUUCUUUCCUCCUUGUUUCUCUUUGGCCACUCUGUCAUGAUGUCACUGAGGUCCACAUGUAAAGAUAGGACUUAUGCUAAUGAGCUACUAUAGCCAGCUGCUGCUCCUCUACCUGAUGUGCUGUGACAUCGCCCUGUCACAACCAGACUACAGUAAUUAGUCAGACACAUCUCUGGACUUGAUUUGGUUGAACGUGUAAAUAUGUCACCGGCUCCUGUGUUUUGGGGUUCAGAAGAGAAAGUCCUUCUCAGUCGCCUUGCAUUUUAAGCAGAAGCAGGAAACAGCCAUUUUAAGUUAAAGCUAAUAUUGGAAUCCUCCAUUUUAAAGCUCCGACAUUCCUUUCAAAGUGUCCUCUAUGAUUUGACGUUGUGUGGACAAAGGCUGUCGUGUAUUGACUUUUGAAUGAGUUUUCACUUGGUCAGUGGUCCCAAGGAUCCUGUUGUCUGCCCACCUGUUCAGUGUAUUUCAACCUAGCCAUCUAACCCCACAGAUCCACAGGGAAUGUUCAACAUUUCAUUCCGUUACAGCCUUUGACACUAAAAAUAUUAGUACGCCAAGUCAGAAAGAAACAUCUAAAGCAAAAGAUGAUCAGGAAAGUGUGUGAUUUAGCAGCAAGCACUUGUAGUAGGACUUGUCUGUUACAGAGACAGGCCAAUAAUGUUGAUGCUAGACAAGGAGUUGUGCAAUAACAUGGAGGGAAGGAAGGACUGUUUUGCAUAGUUACAUUUUUAAACAUUAUAGUGCUGUUCUUUCUCCCUUGUUUACUCCUUGGCAUCAAUGAUUAGUUCCUCUGUUGGGAAAUAGAGUAUCUGCUUAGUAGUAUGUUGUCCCUCUACCCUUGGUCUCCUAGAGAUGCCCCCUUAAUCAAAAAGUAGUUCACCUCCCACUCCUCUAACGUCUGUGUUUUAAAGUCCCAGCUCUGGUAGAACCUGCCUGUCAUGGCCUGAUUUCCAUGUUCACAAACCAGAAAGGAAUGAAUAGGUGAAAGCAAAAUGGUUCCGGCUCCACUCAACCAUUUUCUAUAUCUAUCCAAUCCUUUCAGAUCAGUGAACAACAGAUUUCUUCCUCCAUUAGCCUGGCCUAGAUCUCAAUUGGCUCUUCCUGCAUGCAGUAUCACCAUGUUACCACCAGGGGCAGUAUUCACCACAGUACAACAUGGUGAGAACUGGAGGCCAGUGUUAUUGGUGUCCAGGCAGUGUAGGGGUUUUCUGUCAUUUGAAUCCUGACUUUUGUCACGCAGACCCAUGAGACAGGGGUGUGAUAAUUGGGUAAUAUUGCUCUUUGUAUACUGCAGAAUCUGAGCGUAUGUGCAUUGUGGAGCUGUGAGUGUGAUGAAUAAGUGUGUGUGGUAGGGCUGAAGGAAGUGAUAAAACAGAAUGUCAUAUGAUUUAGCAGCAUUAAUCAGUCACCUGAAUGUUAAUCUAAGACCGAGUGGGAGGGUCCGUGGCCAUCGAAUUUAGUAUUUAUUCUGUUCCUAUUUAAUGAGAUCAAAAACAUCCUUUGAGAUAUUGAAUACUUAUUGUUAUGUGAUGAGAUUAAAACAAUAAACUGUUAAUAUUAAUGUGUUCUGUUACUGUGUAAUAUAAAUAUACAAAGGUUUUCUUCUCUGCUCCUUAACAAUGGAAUUAAAUACAGCUUUGUUAUGCCUGGA